GAAAUUCAAGGCAACGCUGACUUAUCGUGUGGGCGUAAAGUUGAAGCCAGUCCACAAACAACCGAUUAUUCGGCAAUGGAUCAACCUGAUGAAUGGAUUGAGCCCCAAUCAAGCUCAACCACGGCGCUCAAGCUGCCUUUAUCCCCCAGUCUUCAACAGACAUCUGCCUUAUUGCCUUGCCUGAUACCUGCCGACCAACUGGUUGGCCUUUUCUCCGACUACAUAACCUGCCUGGCAGAUGAGGCUACCAAAGAGUUGUCGAUUGCCAGCUUAGAGGCAGGAGAAGCAGCAGUGGUAAUCAAUUCGUCUCAGCAGCCAACAGCUAAAAUCCAAGAAACUACUAAACUCGAAUCAACCUAUGAGGCAGCCUGCAAUUUUGCCAGGGCGCUUUUAUCUGGCCUAGCCGAUCGCUUGGUUCGUCCGAUUUUCAACUGUUUGUCUGCAGAAGAUCAUUUCAACUCUGGAGAUAUUGACAGGGCCUUGAUCGCCUCGACACCCGCGGUAACACUUUUCACCAAAUGUAUAGUAGCCUUUGGCAGGCUUGAGAAGCAUUUCCAACGUCAAGUAUUCAUUUCAUUAACGUGCACCCGCAAACAUCCUUUCUUCUCUUGGGCACCUAGUCUCCUAUGUUCGCUCCGCCGCCUGAUUUUUAAAGCCGACAAAUGCCUGCCUUCUCCAUCAUCGACUAGCCAAACUGUUGCCUUGAAAUCUAAUAUGUCCGCGUGUUCUGAAUUCCUGGGGACAGAUUUGAAUAUCGCUUUAGCCAGUUUGCUUGAGCUUGCUGGCCGACUGCUGAUCUGGGCUGAUAUAGCUCAGAAGAGCGAAUCAGGCAUUAUACCUUCUGGUUGGUGCGACAUGCUCGAUAUCUGGAGGUACCUGCUCACAGCUGAUACAGUACAACUAAACAGGUUGUUAUAUAAUAUGUAUGUUGUUAUACUCUGCCGUUGGUAUCAGCGCUCUGACUAG